AUGACCCGCAGUCCUACGAUGAUAGAACCGUUACCAGUCUUGGAGAAUGCUUGUCCAUCUGCGGAGCGGAUCCGAGUUGCCAUCGGCACAAUCAAACCUAACGACGGUACUUCGCAUUUGGUGGUGUUGGUAUCUGGUUCCUCUAGCUCCUCCUCAUCCUCGAGUGGGGCUAGCUCUUCCGUAUCAUCAUCUGGAUCAUCUUUAAGCACAUCUGUCUCCUCUACAGACUCGUCCUUCACUUCCUCAGCUUCUCAGACUGGGUCAUCUUCAAGUACCUCAACCCCCUCGACCGGAUCGUUCGGGACUUCCACUUCCGCAUCGUCUUCAGGCGAAACCUCGACAAUGUCCUCUUCGGCCACCACCUCAUCCACAAUUUAUUCUUCGACAGUGUCUUCUUCAACAAUGUUUGCAUCCACGACCAUAGUCUCUCCGACCACGACAUACUCGACAACAGCCUCUUCAACGUCGUCGUCGGCAACACCCUCCUCGACGACAUUGCCGUCAUGCCCUGGCUUCAAUGGUCAGACUUUCAUGUUGGGCGGGGUCACUUUCAAAGUCUACUGUGAUAGCGAUACUCCAACCGUACCGACUCUUUACAACCGCGCUGCCAAUAGCAUUUCCGAUUGUGCGGCAAUCUGUGCCCAGGACUCAAUGUGCGGCGCCGCUACAUACACUUCCCGCUGUUAUAUCAAAGGCAAACUGGGUACCGUUGAGCCGAGCACAGUCGGCACGAUCGUCCUUGAGGUGAUCCAGGUCUCCUCCAGCUCGUCUUCCAGUAGCAGUAUGUCUACUGCAUUCACGACGACAUACACAGGACCGUCGACGGGCCCGUCGUCAACAACAACCAGCUCUUCGCGAACUUCGACCACAGAUACAUCGGUAUCCAGCACCGCCACAACCCCGUCCUCAACUCCUUCUGCCAUGCCUGCAUGUCCGGACUGGAAUAAUAAGGAAUACACAGCCAACGGAGUGACCUUUGAGAUCCUUUGCAACACCGAUAAUGAUGUGAACUCUUACACAAACGUCGCUGCCAAUAACAUUGCAGAUUGUGCUGCCGCAUGCUCUGACGACACACGAUGCCUUGUAGCAAGCUUCACGUCCCGAUGCUACUUGAAGUCGAGUUGCGACCCCAUCUUUACCCACUGGAUCCUCGACCAGCCAAACUUCAACUUCCGCGCCCAGUUCCACAUCAACGAGUAG